AUGUGGAGUUUUUUUAUUUCAAUCAUAUGGCUUAUAGUCAAUUAUGAACGAUUUAUAGUGGCUAGUUCAAUGAUUAAAGAAUUUUCUAUCGAUUCUAUGAUAAACUACGAAAAAGCAUUGGUUUCAAGGAAUACAGGUGAAUAUAAGGUUGAUACUGGACAUUUAAUUGAUGAAUGGCAAGAUUGGAUCCUUGCUAAUAUUAUUUCUGUCAAUUAUUUAAAUAGUUUAAUGGUACUUGCUUCCAGACAAGAUUUUAAUUUUUCUAUACCAACUGGUUAUUCCGUUAAAUAUGUGCAAAAUAUAGGAUCUUUCCGUCAAACAACUGCGCAAUUAGCUACAGAUAUGCGUAGUUCUUUGAGUAGUGCUCGUGAAGAUUUGAAUCGUGUACAUACAGGUAUGGAACGUGUACCUGAUCAUUUAAAAAACAUGGUUUUAUUAAUAAAACACGCACCAUUUGAUUUACUUUUAAUGUUAUUUCCUGAUUCAUUUAAUAAUAUAGAGAAAUUAGUGAAUGAUAGUUUAAUUGUACUUAGAAAACCAGAAAAAAAUUUUGAAAAAGUACUAAAUCUUCUUACUGAAAUAGAUUAUUUAUUAAAUAAUACAUCAAAUGAUAUAAUGAUUUAUUUACAAGUAUUUGAUGUUAAAACUCAAUGGACACAUUUAACUGAACUUGUUACUGAAUUAGCAAAACAAGCAGAACGAACACGUGAAAGUUUUUUACUUCAAUUUAAUUGGAUUUUAAAAGAAUUUAUUCGACCUGAUCUUACAUUUGCUGAAACUCAUCGUGAUUUUAUUAUUUUAUUACUUCUACCAAAAAUAGUUGAAAUUGAUCAAACAAGUGAUAUUCUUGGUAUUAUUACUAAAACUUAUACAGAUAUAUCAUUUCAAUUUACAGAUGAACAAAUAGGUGGUUAUACACAUUUACUUCUUUUAUCAAAAGAAGAAGAUCGUCAACGAUAUUUAAAACAAUUUCAAUAUGAUUUAGUACCACAAGUUGUUCAAAGUGCACGACUUGCAUUGAAUCGACAUAAUGAAUUUCUUCAACGUGAUAGAAAUCGACGAGAAAUCUAUGAAAAAUUUUUAACUGAAACAUCAUAUAAUGAUUUAAUAAGUCUAAUUGGUUGA